AUGGAGUUUGACAAGUUUGUAAAACUCAAAAAGUUAACUGCGUUGCGUCUAUCUUAUAAUCAAAUAUCAUUAGUUGAAAGUGAAACCAGUGCCAAUAGAACCUUUCAAAAGUUUGUAAGUUUAGGCUUGGCUCAGUGCAACUUGAGUAAGUUCCCAAAUUUCCUAGCAAAGCAAGAUGAAUUGGAGUUGCUAGACCUGCACGGCAACAAUAUUCAUGGUCAAGUACCAAAAUGGGUUUGGAACAUGAGUAAAGAAAGUCUAAAGUGUAUCCAACUUUCUAACAACUUUCUUACAAGCCUCGGUCAACAUCCCAUUCUUCUUCCAUGGACCAAUCUGGCCAUUUUAGAUAUUUCGUCUAACAAUAUCCAAGGAUCACUUCCAAUUCCAUCAUCUUCCACUUUGCAAUACAGCGCAUCAAACAAUUCAUUCAUUGGAAAAAUUUCAGAAUUGAUUUGUAACCUGAGUUCUCUUCAAGUCCUUGAUUUGUCAGAGAACAACUUAAGUGGUCCACUUCCUCAAUGCUUGCACAGCUUUGGUGAUUCCUUGGUCUUAUUGAAUAUACAAAGGAACAAAUUCGAAGGAAGCAUCCCACAAACUUGGGCAAAUGGAAGCAAAUUAAUGAUAAUUAACUUCAGCCAAAACAAAUUCCAAGGGUGGUUACCAAGAUCUUUGGCCAAGUGUAUAACAUUGAAGGCCCUUGAUCUCAGUAAUAACCAAUUCAAUGAUACUUUCCCCUCUUGGUUAGGAGGCCUUCCAAAUUUGAAGAUUCUCAUUUUGCGGUCCAACAAAUUUUACGGACCAAUAAAGAUUCACAGCGUGAAUUAUGAGUUUCCUAACUUACAAAUCGUUGACCUCUCAUAUAAUAGUUUUACUGGAAUGUUGCCAGUAGAAUUAUUUCAAAAUUCCAAUUCUUCCAGAUCUGAUCGUGCAUACCACUUAUCAUAUAUUCAAGUAAACUCAUCUUUUGUAAUGAAAUACAGUUAUCAGAAUAUCAUAUUUCGGUGCAAGUAUAGUUUCUCAAUGAUGAUGACAAACAAAGGAGUGGACACAAUUUAUGAGAAUGUCCAAGAAAUUUUCACAGCCCUUGAUUUCUCUAGUAAUAGAUUUGCAGGAGACAUUCCAGUAUCAAUCGGAAAUAUAAAAGUACUUCGUUUGCUCAAUCUUUCCAAUAACAUUCUCACUGGCCACAUCCCACCAACAUUAGGAAAUCUUGUAGAGUUGGAAUCGUUAUACCUUUCUCAAAACAAGCUCGUAGGUGAGAUUCCACAACAGCUAACACAACUUACUUUCUUGGAAUCCUUCAAUGUUUCUCAUAAUGAUCUUGUGGGGCUUAUACCACAAGGGAAACAAUUUAAUACAUUUGAAAACAGUUCAUUUGAAGGAAAUUCAAAAUUGUGUGGAAAACCAUUGUCAAAGAAAUGUAAGUAUUACGAGGCUUUACCACCUUUAUCUUCAACCUCAAAAAAGAGUCAUGAUUCGGGGUCGUCACUUCAAUUUGGUUGGAGAAUUGUUAUGAUUGGCUAUGGAUGUGGACUACUUGUUGGGGUGACUAUUGGGCAUAUUGUGAUUGAAAGGAAACAUGAUUGUUUAAUGAAGACUUUCGGAGUGAGGCAACCGGUACCAAGAAGAAAGGUUUGA